AAAAUGGAGAAUGGCAGGGGGAGCGAUUUCCCCAUCCCAAAAAUAUUUAAAUAAGUUAGGUAGCGGACGUCGCGAAAAAACUGUGAAAAUUCUAUUUAGAAAAUAUUAUAAUAAAUCGCUGUAUUUGAUUCCGUGCACUGUCGCGAAAGCAUAGGAUAUUAAGUGCUUGUGAGAGUAGAUGGUGCGCUGGGGCGAACCCAAAUUAUUUUUGCAGGGCUUGCUGUUAGCUUGUUAGCUUAGCUUCCUGUCAAGCAGGCCUGCGCGGUGUGCUCGAAUGGGAAACGAACCUUACAGUGCUAAAAGAUAGCUUGAGCGACAAAUGUGAAAAUUAUCAAUCUGAGGUCUUGUCAUUACUUGCGCGCUUUGACGCCACGGAAACCUGCUUCUUUACCAGGCGGCAACGCUCACUGCCAUCCUCCCUCGACCCCGGGCCGUGCCAGUGAAGCACUCCAACCGGGCAGACUGGCACACUGCGCGGCACGGUCACCCCGGUGCAGCUACAGCUUUACCGACCCAGUUUGAUCCUGCAUCCCGUCUGGUCAAACGCUACCAGGACCCCCUAAGGUGGUGUGCGCAGGCGCACCAUGGCCCAGACCCUUCAGAUGGCGAUCCCAAACUUCGGCAACAACGUCCUGGAGUGUCUGAACGAGCAACGUCUCCAAGGGCUCUACUGUGACGUGUCCGUGGUUGUCAAGGGACACGCCUUCAAGGCCCACCGUGCUGUGCUAGCGGCCAGCAGCUCCUACUUCCGAGACCUGUUCAGCAGCAGCAUCAGCAGCACAGCGGGGAAGAGCCCUGUGGUGGUGGAGCUGCCCCCGGCUGUGCAGCCCCAGAGCUUCCAGCAGAUCCUGGCCUUCUGCUACACCGGCCGCCUCAGCAUGACGGUUGGAGACCAGUUCCUGCUCAUGUACACCGCCGGUUUCCUCCAGAUCCAGCAGAUCAUGGAGAAGGGGACCGAGUUCUUCCUCAAGGUGUCCUCCCCCAGCUGUGACUCCCAGGGCCUGCAUCCAGAGGAGGCCCCAUCCUCCGAGCCCCAGAGCCCUGUCACUCAGACCGGCUCGGGCGGGGCUCGUCCUGCUGCCUGCCUAACGCCCCUCCCCCUGGUGUCCCGGGUAAAGACUGAGCAACAGCAGCAGCAGCCGCCGCCGCCCAGCCAGCCAGAGGCCUCGCCCUACUCCGUGGUAUGCACGCCCGUGGCCAAACGCCUCUGGGAGGGGAGCAGCAGUAGAGACGGGGCGGGCUCGGGUGGAGGAGGAGGGAUUAGGAAGGCCGCGCGCUUCUCCCAGGAGGCAGUCCGUGGCAGUGCCAUACAGAGUCCUGGGGCUCUGGGCCUAGCCAUGGGCAUGGGGGCCAGUGGGGCUGUGGGGAUGGGGGUCUCGGGGGCCCACAGCAGUGGCACUAACGGCAGCUCGGCGGGUUCGGGCAACGUCACGUCGGAGGGCGCCAGCCCGGGCACCAUGAGCGCCUACGCCAGCGACUCGCCCAUCAGUUACCACGACGAGGAAGAGGAGGAGGAGGUGACUGACGAGAGCACGGAGGAGCAGUACAGGCAGAUCUGCAACAUGUACACCAUGUACAGCAUGCUCAACGUAGGCGCCACAGGUGAGCGUGUGGAGGCCCUGCCCGACCACACGGAGACUCGGGGUCGCAUGCGAGGUCGCCAGGACCUGUCAUCACUCCCCGCCGAACUCGUCACUCAGAUAGGCAACCGCUGCCACCCCAAACUGUACGAGGAGGGAGAUCCUGCAGAGAAGUUAGAACUGGUCUCAGGUACGUGUGUGUUCAUAUCAAGAGCCCAGCUGAUGAACUGUCAUGUGAGUGCAGGGACGAGACAUAAGGUGCUGCUCAGGAGACUGCUGGCUGCCUUCUUUGACAGGAACACUCUGGCCAAUAGUUGUGGAACAGGUAUACGGUCUUCCACUAAUGAUCCCAGCCGCAAACCUCUGGACAACAGAGUGCUUCACGCAGUCAAAUUCUACUGCCAGAACUUUGCCACCAGCUUCAAGGAGAGUGAGAUGAAUGCCAUAGCCGCCGACAUGUGCACCAAUGCCCGGCGGGUGGUGAGGAAGAGCUGGAUCCCCAAGCUGAAGCUGCUGAUGGCGGAGAGCGAUGCCUACUCAGCCUUCCUUCCCGAAGCCGUCAAGAUGGAGGAUGACGGCCUGGGGGCGGAGCCUAACUUUGACCCCGUCUCCCUGGAGAGCGGGGCCGAUGUGGAGGCAGGGGGCCCCACGGGUGAAUCGCUGCAGGCAGUGGGUGGGGAUGGUGGUCCAUUGUUUUAGCGUGGGGGGCAGUUAUUGGGUUAGUUGUGAUGUGGCAAUGCCCCUUACUUGUAAUUGCUCCAUCUUCUACCAUCCCCCUCAGCCUGACUGCUUGAGCCUCUUUUGACCUUGCUGUCCCAACGUGUGGCUCUGGGAGGUUGAUAUUGCAAGCAGGUGGAACCACAAAGUUGGCGCUUAUGAUCUUCCUAGUGUGAAAGACCAGACCCUGAAGGUCUUUUGCUUGCUGGAUGUUGAUCCAGUAGUGAGUGAUGGGGAGUGGGGAAAGGUGGGGAAAGGGGAAGAGGGUUCUGUUUUUCACUGAACUCCCUUGAACCUUUUAGUUUUUGUCGGUGUUCACUCAACCCCCAAUUUGAAAUACAUUCCUUGAAGUUGAGGGUGGAGGUUGAAGGACUAAGGGGAGAAGUCCCGGCACUGAAUAUAAAUGGGCAGUGCCAGCGUUGCUCUAGUGCAGAUGAUGUGAGGGUGGUGGUGGGGAUCCCCUAUUCUUCCCUGUGCUUUCCCCUCCGCAGUACACCUUACUCCACUCGCUCCACCUCAAUAGUAUUCCAACCCCACCUGCUUCUCCCUCUGACCAGAACAAAAUUGAACCUCCAUUUACAAAAAAAAAAAAGUAUUGUGCAUUUUUUUUUCUGUUUCCCAUUUUGCUCAUUUCAGCCCUAUAUGCUUGUAGCAUGUUCAAAAUGAAUGGAG